CGUAGGUAUUUCACAGAAAUAAAUAUAAUCAUUAACAAUAACGAAUAUUAGAUAAUGUAAUUAUUACAUUAUUGUCACGGUGACACGGUCUGUAUACCUGGAAUUAUCCGUAACAAAUAACAAUAUUGACUACAAAGUUAUUAAAACUUAUAGACAAAAUGUAAAAUGUAAUUUAAGACCUUAGAACUUAAUGACUAGAUUCCUAAUUCAAAUUUCAAAUACUCGAAUGUGAUUGAUCUUUCACACACAUUCGCAGGUUACAUGUGAUUACUUUAAUUCAAUAUACAUUAUGAUGCGGUGGUCAAGAAUGCCAAGACACUUUAUGUCUGUUGUAAGAAUGCAGUCUUCUAGUAUAACUACUACUAAACUAGUGCGCCUUGAUGAAGCAAAAGUGUCUAAUAAUAUUGUAGCAGCCGCUUUUGAAUCAUUAAAAGAAAUUGAUAAUGCUAAAUCCAAAAAGUCAUCAUUCUAUAUUAUAAAUAAUACAAUUGAUAAUGCCACAACAGUCGAAGAAAUACUGGCAAUAUCUGAAAUAGGAUUGGUCUCUAAACAACAUGCACUAAAAGCUGUAUCUACUUUAGCUGAAUGGGCUAGUUCUGGUCGAGUAAAAUUAUCAGAAUUUGAAGCUGAUUUAAGGUUUUUAAAGUUAUGUAGAAUGUUGGGCAAAGAAAACACAAAAGAAAAAGAACAUUUGUUUAGUGAUCUAUCUACAGUCCUUGGAAUUACAGGAGAUGAUGAAGCUGCCAAAUUAAUCUCUUCAAUAAGUCUACCACAAAUGGUCAAAGUUUUAUCAACUCUUGGUGCUAAGAAAAAACGUUCCACAACAUUAUUGCGAUCACUAGCAUUUAACAUUGGAAGAUGUUCUGAAAAGAUGGAUAUUAAACAAUCUGCUGAUGUACUUUAUGCCUUAGCCAUACUUAAUUUUCCUGAUGAAGUACUUCUAGAAAAAGUUAGUGCAGAUGUACGUAGUGUUAUGUCUACAACCGAUCGGCUUUCAGUUAUUGGAUCAAUAGUAACAAGUAUUGGGAUUUUACGAUACCGAGAUCCAGAUUUACUGGAAUCCUUAUCAACAUGGUUGGAAAAACACAUUGAUGAAUGUAAACAGCAUAUACUAAUUUCAUAUUUAUUGACAUUAGCAUAUGUAAAUUACAAACCAAAUAAUAUGGACAAAAUAAUUCAAGUGUUCAAAAAUACAAAGCAAUUCAAUGAUGUUGGUAAUUUAAACACAUGGCUAGAUAUUAUCUGGAGUUUAGUAGUAUUAGAAAAAGCAGACAAUGAACAUUUAGCAUCUAUUUUAUCACCUGAUUUUAUUUCUAAUCUUAUGAAAUUGAAAGGUAACAGAGUUGUAUCAAUAAAAUUACUCAAUAUAAAUGGAUAUGCUAAGACCAAGGAAGAUUAUAAAGGACCUUUACUAGAUUCCAAUUCUGAGUUUUUUAAACUUGAAAUAGUGAGAUCAAAAGACAAACAAGCCUUAAUGAAAACAAUGAUUGACACUUUGACAAUUAUGUUUCCAUCAGAAAAUUUUGUGAAAACUGACGUUAAGACAGAUUUAGGGUUUAUAAUUGAUGCAGAAUGUGCGCUCGAUUCAAAAUUGAACCCUAUACCACUGGAUAGUUCCAAGGUGAAGAGUCCAGAUACACAUUUAAUAGCAUUUAUGUUGACCGGAUUUCAUGAUACGUGCCGUGGCAGUCACAAUGAACCUAAUGGAAUUUCAGCACUCAACACACGACUAGCCCACUCUCUUGGCUACAAAGUACUAUCUGUUCCUUACACAGAAUUAGGAACUCGAGACACAUUAGUUAAUAGUGUUCAAUACCUAAAAGAAAGUCUUAAAAAUUUGUUAAUUGAGCCCUAG